CGGGGGCGCGGAGGGGACAGCCGCGGACAGGUGCCUGAAGCAGGUCCACCAUGCCGUUAGUAACGAGGAACAUUGAGCCAAGGCACCUGUGCCGUCAGACGUUGCCUAGCGUUCCGAGCGAGCUGGAAUGCGUGACCAACAUCACCCUGGCAAAUGUCAUUCGACAGCUGGGCAGCCUGAGUAAAUCUGCAGAAGACAUAUUUGGAGAGUUGUUUACUCAAGCCAACACCUUUGCCUCUCGGGUGAGCAGUCUUGUCGAGAGAGUUGACCGCUUGCAAGUCAAAGUCACUCAGCUGGAUCCCAAAGAGGAGGAAGUCUCCUUGCAAGGCAUUAACACCAGGAAGGCCUUCAAAAGCUCCACCACUCAGGACCAGAAGCUCUUUGACAGAGAUUCUCUCCCUGUGCCUGUCCUCGAAACCUACAGGACUUGCAAUACCCCUCCACCUCUCAACAUGCUCUCACCUUACAGGGAUGAUGGCAAAGAGGCGCUUAAAUUCUACACAAAUCCUUCAUAUUUCUUCGACCUUUGGAAGGAGAAAAUGCUUCAGGACACCAAGGAUAUCAUGAAGGAAAAGCGGAAACAUAGGAAAGAGAAAAAGGAGAACCCGAACCGAGGGAAUGUGAAUCCGCGGAAAAUCAAAACCCGGAAAGAGGAGUGGGAGAAGCUGAAAAUGGGACAAGAAUUUGUGGAGUCAAAGGACAAGCAUGGCCCUGCUGGGUACCCCUCCAACAUGGUGUAUCAGAACGGCAGUAUCGGCUCCAGCGAAAGCAUGGAUGGGAGCUGCUACCCGCCACCGCCACAGACUGACUCUAUUGUGCCACCACCUCCCUCAUUCCCAGAUGACAGCCUGCCUCCACCCCCGGUGGAAUUUAGCUAUCCUGUAGACAACCAAAGAGGUUCUGGUUCUGGAGGGCCCAAACGAUCCAGCCUGGUCAGCCCGAGCCACCCACCACCAGCUCCUCCGAUCGGAUCCCCCUCGGCAGCCAGGCCGGGCUUUGCUCCCCCUCCGGCUCCUCCUCCACCACCCCCACUGAUGGAAAACACCCCCCCUCCACCACCUCCCAUGGGCUUCCCCUCCCCGGGAACGCCCCCGCCACCCUCUCCCCCUUCUUUCCCCCCUCACCCCGAGUUUGCUGCCCCUCCGCCUCCCCCGCCUCCCCCAGCAGCCGACUACGGCAGCGUUCUCCCAGCUCCGCUGUCGCAGCCGGGCAGUGGGAUUGCUCCGCCGCCGCCGCCGCCCCCCCCCCCCCCGGGCCCACCUCCCUUGGCUCCCGGCGGCCUGGAGGGCCCCCCACCCCCUCCUCCACCCUCCGACACCUCCACAUCCAAGCCCAAGUCAUCCUUGCCUGCGGUUAGCGAUGCCAGGAGCGAUCUGCUUUCGGCUAUUCGGCAAGGCUUCCAGCUGCGCAAGGUGGAGGAGCAGCGGGAGCAGGAGAAGCGGGACGUGGUGGGCAAUGACGUGGCCACCAUCCUGUCGCGCCGCAUCGCCGUGGAGUACAGCGACUCCGAGGACGACUCCUCCGAGUUCGACGAGGAUGAAUGGUCGGAUUAGCCACGCUCCCAUCCCCUCCUUCCCUCCUCUCCUGGGUUCGCUUCUUCCAGAAUCAGGUGGCCAAACCUUCGCACCACAUCCUUUUCAUCCUGUAACCAAAGAUGUGCCAAGGGUUUUUCAGACAACCAGCAGCAUAUCUCCCCUCUCCCUCCCCCUCCAGCUUUGGCAGGACUCCGUGCUCUGCCUUUCCAAAAGGUCUCCUCACACACACGGAGGAUGCGGCGCUGGGAUUUAGCUGGAGGGGGUGUAACGGUUGCUUAUUUAAAAGAGAGCUAAACCUCCAGAUUUUUGAUGCCACCGGGCAGAGCACAUAUAAACCCUCCAUCCUGAGGGAUUUUUAAAGUAAAGAUGGAUGAUCCUGUUGUGGCCGUGUGGCCUUUUGGAUGAAGGACGUUUUCAGCUGGUUUUCUCAGUGCAACAGCAGACAGUUGAUCUGAUGGCUCUUCCUUGCCAGUGAAUACUGGUAGUGCUGCAAGAAAAUGGGCUUUAAAUGUCAAUUCUCUGCUGCAUCCCACUGUCAAAUAAUCAGGGUUUUGGCAAUAGUGCACAAUUCUUUUCCCCCCUGACCCCUGAGUAUUAAUUCCAGAUCGCCCUGUGUGGGGUGGACUUCCCAGUCCAAGGCUGCUGAGUGCCUUGGGUGCAGUGUAAGGAGGGACUUUUUCAUUUUAGAAGCUGCCUUUACCUUCCUCAAAUCUCCUGGACUGCUUUGCCAAGAGGAGACUUGCACAGAGGGAUGUAAAACCAGGGCAGGAUGCUCGCUCAGCUUCCCACUCUCGGGAAAGCAGAGCCACUGCCCCACUGAGACACAUCUGUGGUCAGCUCCGAGCUGUGGCCAGACCUCGCCGGGCUGAUUUUCUCCAAUUCAUGCUGAGAUUGUGUUUUAAAAUUCCAAAUCCAGUGCCUAAGACAGGGAGAUGGGGUGGGGAGGGGUUCUCUGAACACCAGGCACUGUGGUGGUCUUUGGCCUGCCAGGGCAGUUUGAGAGGUGCUUUUUUUAACGGGGUGACUUUUAACACAGGGACUUAAAUGCUGGUAUUGCCUUUGCUUCUUCUGCCUUCCCCCUAGGGAGGGGAGUUUGUGUGCCUAAAAACAUCGUGUGUGUGAACUGAGUUGCCCAUCAGUUACAUCAGACCUAACCUACCCUAAUUUUGUUAUAAUUCAUUCAUUAAUUUUAAGAGAACGGUUUUUUUCCUCCUCACUAACCCUGUGAAUUAAUUCCCUGGCUGCUCACUGUAGAUCCAAUACUGGCAGGGGAAAACGGGGAAUUUGAACUAGCUGACCUCGGUUUUAUCGCUGUUUAAUGUUACCUUACAUAGAAUAUGAGCAUAUCUUGGAAAUCUAACCCAGAUAGCCCUGAUGUGUAUUUUAAUUUGGACAUGACUCACUAAGGGUCAUGCAAAAAGCAAUUCCAAAGCCUUUUGGAGGUUAUGGGUCCAGCUGUUGUGGGAUGCGUGUCCCACUAAGACCAACUCUCCCAUCUUUUUGCCUUUCCUAAAGUAUUUCACCAGCCUGUGCCUGUCUCUCUUCCCUGCCUCGCCUCUUUUAAUGAUGUUGCUGAUACCUGGAACACUGGGCCCUGCCUGAGGCUUGCUGGAAAUCCUGCUUGGGAGUUGAUUGAUGGCUUCAGCUUGUGCCAUCGAGUUCUUACUGAUUCCUUGUGCGUGCGUGUGUGUGUGUGUGUGUGUGUUAAUCUUAGCCAGGGCAGAGAUGGCCUGGAGGAUGGGCUCAGGCGUGCAGAUCAAGCUGAGGCCCCAAAGAUCCCCUGGAUGGCUGCGCCAUCGGGUUUUGUCUGCAGGCAGGAUGCAGAGGGCGUGGGCAGCCAGGCAUCCCGAUGGGCUGGGAACAUCUGAGCAGCACUUCUGCCAGGUUCUGGAAGAGGGAGCAAACCCCUGGAGUGCAGCUGAGCCGUGGUGCGGUGGAGAGACCUGGAAAUGGGAAGGGAUGGUUGCUGCAAGCUGGGUGAGGGGAUGAGAGAGGCCCUGCUUCGUUCUGCUGCUCUUUCUGAGAGCAUCCUCCUCCGGCUGACAAGUUCCAGAGACGAGUUCCUGGGAAAAACGGGCCCUGAGCUAACCCAGGCUGACAGCAGGAUCACGCAGGGAAGCGAGGAGCCAGCAAAAGCCAAACCUGGCUAAAUGUGAGAUUGCCUUAACUAGGCUUAGCCCUUGUUGGGAAAGGGGAGCAAGUAUUCCUGUUGCCUGAAAUACCAAAAAGUGCCAUGUUCCCUGAGCCCCCGUGGAUGGUGUGUGAGGCAGGGCCGUGCCCGGGGUGCUGGGACACAUCCCUCACACUGCCUAUUGCACAAGGAUGCUGCUGUGUGGGCACGGCCGCGGGUGGAGGUGGCUCUGAGCAGCAGGAGGGACGCUGCCUUAUCCCUGCAAGCCUGCUGGAAACACCCUCUGCUCCCAAAUCCCAUCCCAGGGCAGGAAUCAAAACUGCAGGAUGCUAAACAGGAGGGUUGGGGACAGGUGGGGGAGGUUGGUUGGCGAAGUGUUUUUGAAAUCUUUGAU